AUGCCUGAGAAUGAGCCCGCGCCCGGGAUGGAUGCCAGCCGACCCUCCGAAGAACCCUUAGGUGCCCGAAACAAAACCCCGGAAAGCCAGGAAGAGGAGAUGGGGUUUCAGGAACUGGAUGGUCUGCGGGAAGCCUUGGCAAACCUCCGGGGACUGUCGGAGGAGGAGAAGAGCGAGAAGGCCAUGCUUCGCUCCCGCAUCCACGACCAGUCCCAGCUCAUCUGCAUCCUGAAGCGGAGGUCGGACGAGGCGCUGGAGCGCUGCCAGAUCCUGGAGCUGCUCAACGCGGAGCUGGAGGAGAAGGGGGCGCUGGAGGCCGAGAAGCUGAAGGCCAAGAGCGAGCACGCCCGGAGGCUGGAGGAGCGCUUUAUGACCCUGGCCGCCAACCACGAGGCCAUGAUCCGCUUCAAGGACGAGCACAAGAGUCAGAACAUCAAGCUGAGGGAGGAGAAUGAGAAGUUGAGGCUGGAGAACACCAACCUCUUCAGCCAGGCUCUGAAGGACCAGGAGGCCAAGGUCCUGCAGCUCACUGCCGGGAGCCAGGCCCUGGCCGAGGAGCUGGAGACUCUGAAACGGAGGUGUGCCCAGGAUGCCAGCCGGGCACAGGCCCGAGAGAAGGAGCUGCUGGAGCUGCAGACCCAGCAGGCAAGCGCCCACACCAAGGAGACAGAGCAGCUGCGCAGCCAGCUGCAGAGCCUCAAGCAGCAGCACCAGCAGGCCGUGGAGCAGAUGGCCAAGGCCGAGCAGGCCCACAGCAGCCUGAGCCAGGAGCUGCAGGCCAGGCUGCAGGUCGUCACUCGGGAGAAAGAGGAGCUGCUACAGCUGUCCAUGGAGAGGGGCAAGGUGCUUCAGAUCAAGCAAGCAGAGAUCCACCAGCUUGAGGAGAAGUUGGAGACAGCGGAUGCGGCCAGGAGACAGGCGCUGGAGAGGUUUGAGCAAGAGGUGGUGGCUGUGAACAGUAACUUGAGAGUCCGGGAACUUCAACGCAAGAUAGAUGGGAUCCAGCAGGCCUACGAUGAACUCAGGCUGCAGUCUGAAGCCUUCAAAAAGCACAGCCUGGAUCUUUUAAGCAAGGAGAAAGAACUCAAUGCCAAACUCCGCCAUCUCUUCCCAUGAGGAAGCUUCUGCUUCCUCUGGCCUCCAAUUUAGGAUUCAGAUAUUUGUGCCUUGGCAUCAUGGCAAGAGUAAAAGAUGGUUUUCCAUUUAUUAUAUUUUUAAGCACGGAGGGCAACGCAAAGAAAAGCUACUUUUUACUCUGAUACUGUUGUUAACUUUGUAAGGCUAACACUAAUUUUCUGUCCUACCACUUUAGAAUACAUGAUUUACCAGA